CUCCAUGCGACGCACAUACAUAUAAAGACUAACAUAUUCUUUCUCCGACUAUAAAUAUUUUCUCCUCCACCAUCUCCCCGACCGUUCACCUGACCUACCAUCCCCCUGGGCCUGUCCAACCAACCUUUCUGAAAAUGUCUCCUUCAAACCAACAGACCUCAACUACAUGUCCCGUUCACGGCCCCGUGCAUUGUUGCAAUACCCAGUACAACCCAGGACGCACUGGGAUCGCAUGCGCACUACAACCGGUGAAUUCGAUUGUCCACGUGCCACCUAUGUACCCCCAACACGUUGGGACUGCCUCGGUUUCGCCUUCCGCCGCCCCUGUCAUAUCAAGCCCCAAGUUAGUAUGGUCCCUGCUUUAUACUGCAUCUAACACUGCGAGUAGUGCUAUCUCAGACAAUCCAUGGAGCAGGACUCCUGUCUUGUACUACGACUCCCCGUGUAAUCCACCGGCCCUCGACGAUCUAGGAGACGUCAGCUUGAGAUCCAAUUCUCUGGCGACGGAAGGCAACGCGUUCCAAACACAUAAUUUGGAUGACCACACAUCGUGUUUUCCCCUUUCCUCUGAGCCGCGAUACACCGCACCUGACCCAGAAUUAACAUAUAGUCCCUCAUCGUAUAGCAGUUUAUCUCAGUGGCAGGAUCUUGUCAUCUCGCAGCCCCCUCUGAGCCAUCCGCAAGAGCCAUAUUUGAUCCCUAUUCCCAACCGACCCUCAGCUCCCCCAGUCAUCUGCCGGUGGCUAUAUAACGGCAGACGCUGCGGGCACGAAACAACCUUGGGGGAGUACAAGCAGCAUUGGAAACUCAACCAUUUUCCUGAGUGCCGAGAUGCGUUGAUCCAAUGCCGCUGGCAAGAUUGUGACUAUCACAAGCGAGGUGAUCCCUCAAUCCGUGUCAUGCUGCGCGGUUGCAUGUGGCGGCACAUACACGAGGUGCAUUUGGGGCACCGGAGGAGCACUUACACAACUACCGCUACCCUCACCAGUCUGUGUUACAUCUGAUGUCGUCAUCUCUCCCGGUGGAAACUUAGGGUGACCAUAUUUUUAUAUAUUGCGAGAACACACACUCCGUCCCUUUGCAUACAUGGCA